AAAGCGCUUAUCAUAAAUCGUUACUGUUAAAAGUCAUCAUUCGUAACGCCCUUCAAGAUCCGUCUAAAAUGACGGCCGCUUUAACGGAAUCCGUCCAUUUAUUUCCCUUAACUCUCUCUCUCUCCCCCUCUCGCUCGCUUCUCUGUUGUAUCGUAUUGGGGAGAAUUGCUUGCGAAGAUCUUCACAGGUUUAUUUUGCAGAUUUCAUAGCCCCACCCUUACAGAAAACUUAUUCUUUUUGAGAUCCUUUUAUUUUGAUUGUAGCAUUAAUUUUUUUGCUUUUCAGUGUUUGUAUUUUUCCUUUCUUUCUUUUUAGCCCUUAAUUGCUUGUACUGAAUUUUUCUUUCUUGUUCCAAUUUGGAUCGACAAAAGUUGAUUUAUAUCACUGCCCACCUUGUAAACAAAAAACUUAUCAAAACCCAUAUCAAUUUUGAGUUUGAAUCCUGAGUAUAUUUUUGGUAUGGUAGUUUUAUAGGGUUUCUCGUAAAGGAAUUGUUGAUUUUUGGGGGAAUUCCAAUAGGGUAUCAAAACCAUAUGAAUUUGAGUUUCAAGCUUGACUAUUUUUAUGGUAUGGCUGUUUUGUAGUUUUUCCCUGUAGAGGGAUUGUUGAUUUUGGUAGGGAUAAUAGGUUAUUGGAAUUAUAUAUAUCGAAUUGUGAUAAUUAUUGGAUGAUAAGGAUUUGGAUAUGGGAGAAGAUUUGUUGACAGGUUUAAGCAUGGACAAUUAUCAUCCAUCUACGUUCUUGUCCAUGGAUUCAAAUGUUAGCUCUCAUGACGAAUCCAAUCGGGAGAUGAAUAGGCAAGUUGUUCUUCCAGGGCCACCGGAUAUUAAUCUCCCUUUAUCAGUAGAGCGGAGUCCUCCUCCCCAGCAGUUAUGGAACCAUGAUUCUUUUGAUAUGCUGGAUGUUGGCCUUGGACACCAAGUGAACGAAUCUGAUAAGCUUUUUGAUUUGCCUAAAAUUGGGCGAAAAUGUGCCAAGAGAUUGGAUAGUGUUUGGGGUGCUUGGUUCUUCUUUAAUUUCUACUUCAAGCCCGUUUUGAAGGAGAAAUCAAAGUGCAAUGUGGUGAGGGAUAGUAAUGGGGUUUCGGGUUUCGAUAAAUCUGAUCUCCAACUUGAUAUCUUUCUUGUGCAGCAUGAUAUGGAGAAUAUGUAUAUGUGGGUUUUCAAAGAGAGACCAGAGAAUGCACUUGGGAAGAUGCAAUUGAGAAGCUAUAUGAACGGGCACUCAAGACAAGGGGAACGCACAUUUCCUUUUAGUGCCGAUAAGGGUUUUGUGCGGUCUCACAAAAUGCAGCGUAAACACUACCGUGGGUUAUCUAACCCGCAAUGUGUUCAUGGGAUUGAGUUGGUGCCAUCACCCAAUCUUACUGGUCUUGAGGAGGAGGAUCAGAAGAAGUGGAUUGAAUUGACUGGUAGAGAUUUAAGUUUUUGUGUUCCACCUGAAGCAAGAGACUUUAGCUCAUGGAGGAACCUCCCUAACACAGAAUUUGAGCUUGAAAGGCCACUUCCCGCUCCAAAGUGCAAUGCACAACCCCCUGCAAAGAAACUGCUAAAUGGGUCAGGUUUGAAUUUGUCUACUCACCAUGUAAAUGGCAAUGGAAUUGACAUAUCAAACAAGAAGAGGAAAGACCUCUUCUCACAUGGAAAUGAUGAAGAUUGUUGCUUGAGUAAUGAUCUCAAUACAGAUUGCCAUCAAAAUGCUGAGCUUCAUCCUAUUGAACCUUCUUGGAUGAGUGAGUUUUCAGGGGUGAUGAGGAAUGUCUAUGGUCCUGUUACAGGGGCUAAAACAAUUUAUGAGGAUGAAGAAGGAUACUUGAUACUAAUUACCUUGCCUUUUGCUGAUCCAGAAAGGGUGAAAGUCCAUUGGUGGAACAAUCUCACACAUGGAGUGCUUAAGAUAUCAUCUGUGAGCACAGCCUGCAUGCCCUUUGUUCAAAGAAAUGAUAGAACUUUCAAACUUACCGAUCCAGCUCCAGAGCACUGCCCGCCCGGAGAAUUCAAAAGGGAAAUCCCACUUCCCACUAGGAUUCCUGAUGAUGCCAAGCUAGAAGCAUAUUUUGACAAGAGUGGAACAAUUCUUGAGGUUAAAGUGCCUAAACAUCGUGUUGGACCAGAGGAGCACGAGGUGCCUGUUUGCCUUCGCCCUCCAAACGAGUUCGCUCUGUCUUGAAGGAGUGUUGAUCAAUUCAAAGAAUUGAAUUAUCUGGGAAUAUAAAUGCAGAGUACAUGGGCUAUUUUUUCUGCAUUUGGAUAGCUAUAUUAUGGGAUAGGUUUUGAACUUUGAUCCCAAAUUGAUAGGGACAAAGGUAAGAAUCUUGCGGCCUGAUUUCUAGGUUUAAUGGAUGAGUAAUUUUAGAAUCAGCUUCGUGCCUUACUAUCUUAUUGGUUAUUAUCAGGGUAUUGGGAAGGAUUUUUAUUUAUUGUUUAUGAAAUGUUCUGUGACACAUCUUAUUUUGUGAUUCAUCGGGAUAUAAAAUUGACAUUUGUGUAAUUGGAUAUAACAUUUAUGAGUAGCUUCUUCAUUUUUUAUUGUA